CUCAUCCUGGCAACACGACGUAAAAGCCAUGAUGUCGAUUGUCGUGCGGCUUCUUCCGUGUGUAUAGGUCGCGUGUUCUAUCUAUAAAGAAAUGAAUUGGGAAGAGUUCCAUAUACCCACACAUUUCAUUUAGCUCAGCUAAACAACGGCAACAUGCAGCAGCUUGCAAUGGUAAAGUGGAUGGUUCUGGUGGUGUUUACGGUCGCCGCCGUUGGCCAACCAAGCCCUACAUGUUCUGCAGACACCAAGUUUAUGCUCACGACGUGCGCCGCGGAAGUACAGCAGUCCAUUCUGUACCCGCGCCUGCAGCUGCCCGACCGCAUCUGCCGCGGAGUCGUGUGCUGGCCCUUUCUCCAUCGCCAAGUGAUUCCGUGUGUGGAUGCCACGCAUAUCCUGUACGAACGCGUGCGGUCCCUGUGCCCAGGGAAGAACGGCGAUGCCACCACCAAGGAAGUGUCGACGAUGCCAAUGACGACAACCAGCGCAGGUCCUACGUCAAGUUCAAUCGCCCCCUUCAACCACCCUGCUCCAUCUCGUGGAAGCCCGGCAACACCAACCACGGUCGCAGCAGUCGAGCCCAUCCUGGCCAUCAUUCCAACGCCUGGAGCUAUGAAUGCAUCGUCCGUCGACGCCUCGGUCCCGGCAUUUGAAGAUGGGAAACACGUUACCAUGGAACCUUCAAUCGCGGCGGACGUAUCUGCGAUGGCAUCUGCCCUCGCCCACAAUGGCACGAACUCGUCUUGGAUUGUAGCACCUCGAACGACCAUGGGUGUGUACGCGAAGACGCCAGAGGCGCGAGGAGCGAAUACUACCAUGGACGACUCCAUGGUGGGAGAUGGAGAGACCAGCGUGCGGACGAACCCAGGAGGCCCGCCCACGCAAUCUAACGGCGCCACGACGGCCUUCGCGUCCGGCGUUGUGCUCCUGCUCGCGCAUCUCAGUUGAG